AUGCUCUCCCCAGGGACCAUCUGCAGCCUACUGCUCCUCAGUGUGCUCUGGGUGGAUUUGGCCAUGGGAGGCUCCAGCUUCCUGAGCCCCGAACACCAGAAAGUCCAGCAGAGAAAGGAGUCCAAGAAGCCAAUGGCCAAACUACAGCCCCGAGCUCUGGAAGGCUGGCUCCACCCAGAAGACAGAAGUCAGGUGGAAGGGGCAGAGGACAAACUGGAAAUUCGGUUCAACGCCCCCUUUGACAUUGGAAUCAAGCUGUCGGAGGCUCAGUACCAGCAGCACGGCCAGGCCCUAGGGAAGUUUCUUCAGGACAUCCUGUGGGAAGAGGCCAAAGAGGCCCCAGCUGACAAGUGAUCACCCACAAGGCUGGCCCACCUCUUCGUUUUUCUUCCAAACUUAGAAACUCUCAUCUGGCUUUUAGAUUGCUUCUGCAACA